GUGACACAGUCGGAUCGCUCAUGUUGAGAGAACUGGGGUACAGACAGUUCUCACGUUUAAAAGGAAGAUCACAGAGCAAUCUCGAUUAAGUUAGGCAUAAAUUCCUCCAGGUGACCAUUGGAAGAGACCGGUUUUGACAAAGCAAGAGAUCAUGGCAGGCUUGGGGAGUGUGAAUCGGAUAUUCCAAUUUGCCAGGUGCAGCGGGCCUGUCAGUCUGUGUGUCAGCGGGCCGUUCAGAUGGCAGUCCACUGCGGCUGCCGCGGCCAUCGCCAAACCAGCUGCAGAAGCCACACCACAAGCUCAGGAAAACAGGAAACCCAAAACUGGGAUUUUAAUGCUGAACAUGGGUGGACCGGAGAAACUGGACGACGUCCAUGACUUCCUGUUUCGCCUUUUCAUGGACAGAGACUUGAUGACGCUGCCGGUGCAAAAUAAACUGGGGCCGUUCAUCGCCAAGCGCCGCACGCCGAAGAUCCAGGAGCAGUACAGUCGCAUUGGUGGCGGCUCCCCCAUUAGGAAGUGGACCACCAUGCAAGGGGAGGGCAUGGUGAAGCUGCUGGAUGAGAUAUGCCCUGAAACGGCUCCACACAAGUUUUACAUCGGGUUCCGGUACGUUCACCCACUGACGGAGGGGGCCAUCGAGGAGAUGGAGAAGGACGGGGUGGAGAGGGCGGUGGCCUUCACACAGUACCCCCAGUACAGCUGCUCCACCACAGGGAGCAGCCUGAAUGCCAUCUACCGCUACUACAGCAGCAGAGGGGAGAGGCCCAAAAUGCGCUGGAGUGUGAUUGACAGGUGGCCCACGCACCCGCUGCUCAUCGAGUGCUUUGCCCAGCACAUCGUCAAGGAGCUGGAGAAGUUCCCGGCCGACAAGAGGGACGACGUGGUGAUCCUGUUCUCCGCACACUCUCUUCCCAUGUCUGUGGUUAACCGGGGCGACCCCUACCCUCAGGAAGUGGGGGCCACAGUGCAGAGGGUGAUGGAGAGGCUGCAGUACUGCAACCCCUACCGGCUGGUGUGGCAGUCCAAGGUGGGCCCCAUGCCCUGGCUGGGCCCGCAGACAGACGAGGUCAUCAAGGGCCUGUGCCAGCGGGGCAAGAAGAACAUCCUGCUGGUGCCCAUCGCCUUCACCAGCGACCACAUCGAGACGCUGCACGAGCUGGACAUCGAGUACGCCAAGGUGCUGGGAGAGGAGUGUGGUGUGGAAAAUAUCAGAAGGGCAGAAUCUCUGAAUGGAAACCCUUUGUUCUUCAAGGCGCUGGCUGACCUGGUGCGUUCGCACCUGAAGUCCAACGAGCCCUGCUCCCGGCAGCUCACCCUCCGCUGUCCGCUCUGCGUCAACCCCACCUGCGGCCAGACCAAGGACUUCUUCGCCAAUCAGAAUCUCUGAUCGGCCGCGCCGCCCUACCCUCCCACGACUGCUAACAUACGAGGAUGCAAGGAAAAAAAAAAAAAAAAAAAAAAGCCCAA